AUGGCAUGCGAUAUUCUGGCAAAAUCCAUUGCUACUUAUAAUAUAAACCAUACCUCUAAUAAAGCGUUAAACCUAUCCCUAGAAGACAUUGACAGCACCAUUUAUAUCAUCCAAAUGAUAAUUGCUGUACAGGGAUGCUCCCAUGGAGAGUUAAAUAAAAUUUACAAAAGGCUGGAUCAGAUUAAGGCGGAAUCUGGUUUAAAACCUGAGAUUCUGCUCUGCUGUGGCGAUUUUCAACCAAUCAGAGAUGAAGAAGAUUUAAACGAGUUAUCUUGCCCUAAAAAGUACAGACUAUUUAGAGAUUUCAUACAUUAUUACAAUGGAGAUCGAAUAGCUCCUAUUUUAACAAUUUUUAUAGGUGGAAACCAUGAGGCCCCCGAUUUCUUAAAGAAUUUAUAUUUUGGAGGAUGGGUAGCCCCAAACAUUUAUUAUUUGGGACAUUCUGGAAUUAUAAAUGUCAAUGGCUUAAGAAUUGGCGGAUUAUCAGGAAUUUACAAACAUCAAGAUUAUAAGCUAGGUUAUUUCGAAAAACGCCCAUAUGAUGAAUAUACUAAACGCUCUAGUUAUCAUAUCAGAGAAUUUGAGGUCGAAAAACUACUUUUGAUCAAGGAACCACUAGACAUAUUUAUAUCUCAUGAUUGGCCAUUAAAUAUAGUAAAGUAUGGAGAUUAUGAAUCACUGAUUAAGAAAAAACCAUUUUUGGAAUCGCAAAUUCGCGCUGGACAACUUGGAAAUCCUGCUACGGAAAUAAUUUUAAAACAUUUGAAACCAUCUCAUUGGUUCUCUGCUCACAUGCAUAUUAAUUAUUCAGCUUUAUAUACACAUGAAAAUGGUAAAACGACAAGUUUUUUGGCACUUGACAAAGUUUUACCCGGGAGGAAAUAUAUUGAAGUAAUUGACGUACCAUUAGUUGGAAACAAUCCAAAUAAAACGCAUAAGAGUGAUUCAAACCCAAUAAUAUGUUAUGAUUUGGAAUGGUGUGCAAUAAACCACGUAAAUCAUUCGAGAAUGCCACUAAACCCAUUUACAGUUUCCACUCCCUUAAAACUUGAAUACCCUACAGAAUCAGAAAUUUCGAAGGUUAAAGGGAUGCUAUCUAAAAAAUGCAAACCUUCAAAUUAUUCAUAUCGAAUUUUACAUAAUGAUACAGAUGUAUAUAAAAGUCCAAAAAAGCAACAACAAGACUUUCUAAAUCUCUUGGAAUUACCCAGCAAUAGUUAUUUUAAUGAAGAUGAUAAAGGGCUGCAAAUUAAAUUUAUUGAAACUUAUUUUUGA